GGCAGCCCCUGAACACACCGAGAGGACGGCGUAGCUAGUUAGCACAAACAAACGGGCUUUUAAUACGGCAAAGGCAGCGUUUGGCAUUUAAUUUGAAUGGCUAAAAUUCCCGUGGUGACCGGCUAACUUGCUGCAAGACAACACAUCUGGGAGAAACCGCAAAAGCUGCCUCUCCCAGCGCCUCGACUCUCUCCCCUAAAAAAACCUCGUCGAGAUGUCAGCUUUCUCUGAGGUGGCUUUAGAGAAGAAACUGUCCGAGCUUAGCAACUCCCAGCAAAGUGUGCAGACGCUGUCGCUGUGGCUCAUCCACCACAGAAAACACUCCAAGACCAUUGUCAAUGUUUGGCUCAACGAACUGAAAAAAGCUCAGGUAUCACGCAAGUUGACCUUCCUUUACUUGGCCAAUGACGUCAUUCAGAACAGCAAGAGAAAAGGACCAGAGUUCACUCAGGACUUUGCGCCGAUCAUCGUCGAUGCUUUCAAACAUGUGUACAGAGAGGGUGAGGAGGGCUGUAAGAAACAGUUGGGUCGGGUUUUGUCCAUCUGGCAGGAGAGAGCUGUUUAUGAGAACAACCUGCUGGAUCAGCUGUCGCAAGUCCUCUAUGGAGAGAAGAAGGCUAAGAAGAGGUCAUAUGAAGAGAUCCAACCAGACGAUGAAGGCUUUGCCUCCCAGAGCUCCCCAGUUGAACCUCCACAGACAGCAGAGUUAAUUCGAGCUCUGCAGGAGCUGGAGAAUGCAGCCUCUGGCGACUCGGUGCUGCGUCAGCGCAUCUCCUCCCUUCCUGCUGAGGUGCAGGACACGUCACUGCUUCACAGGAUCACAGAUAAGGAAUCAGGGGAGCGGCUUUCCCGGCUGGUGGAGGAGGCCUGCAUGCUGCUAGCAGACUACAGCGGCCGCCUGGCGGCUGAGAUUGACGACAGGAGGCAGCUUACGCGCACACUAACGGUCUUCCUGCAAAGCCAGAAGGAUGGCUUGGCCCAGAAUGAGCAGAAACUUGAAGAAUACAAACGGAAACUGGCGAGGGUGACCCAGGUCCGGAAAGAGCUGCGAUCGCGUCUGAGCAACCUCCCAGAAGGACUCUACAACUCUUCGAACUGACUCAAGCUUUGACCUCUGACCACAUACACUCCUGCUACUGAAACUUCUCAGACCAUCUCUUCCGUUAUUUGAUCAGUGACCUCGCCAUUGUCUCCUCAGUUCUUCACUUUGGAAAGUGUCUCUGUGUCCCUGUACGGUGACCUGUGGUUCUCAUUCUGUCUUCAACAGACUAUUUAUCCACACGUCUUUUAUGAACAGUAAGCUCUCUUAGUUUUAGAGGUAUACACUGCAAAUUAAGACACAGGCCUCUUGUGCUUUUCCCGUUGCCAUCUAACUUUUGCAGCUUUAAAUGGGCUGGAUGAUGCUGGUGUGAUAUUUUUGUAUUUAUUGCGACUGAAGAUCGUGCACCAGAGUGUGUCCCCUUAGGCUGAUCAAUCAUAAUAAUUUGCAGUAUUUCGGGUUGCUAUUGUAACUUUAUUUUUUGCUGUUUUCGGUGUCCUGACUUGUCUCACUCUUGAUUAUACGUCGUUGCAGCACUUGGAUCAUUGUUUUCAUGCAGUGUCAUAGUGGCCUGUGGAGAGAAUCCUUUGAGAUCAUUAGGAAACUGUUUUCUGAAGCUGAGUAGAAAGCCAUGUUCCUUAAAGCAAAACCAAUAUAUGUAAUUAUCAUUUACAUAAAGCCUAUCUGUGAAAGAUGGUGUGUACAUAUUUAAGUUUGCAUGUAAAUACGGCGGAGUUAUACCUGCUCCAGCUCACGAGUGCUUAUGAUUUGUAUGUGCGUGGUUGUGAAACUGUUAUUACCGAGGUAUCUCAGACCUCCUCUGUACUGAAAUGACGAGUGAAGGAGUGUGUCGUCUUGUUUACUGUAUUUCUUCUUAGUUUUACCCCUAAGUUUCCUGAAUGUUGUGCAGAUGCUUCACACAGCCUGAGAAGUGCCCCAGUUUCAAAAGCCAGACUUUAAAAAAAAAAAAAAAAAAGCUGUUUGUUUUUGUAAAUAUGAAGCAAAUGCUUCUUAGAACCAAAUAAAUAUAAAAUACACAAA